GGUCGGGAGGGGGGAGAGGAACAAGAAGAGGGAGUAGGAAGAAGGCAGGAGGAGGUGGUGAAACAGAGGUAGGGAGGACAGAGGAGACGGAAGGCAAAAAAUCGACUAGAAGGAGGAACCAGACAACGACAGAAACAAAACUAAAGUGGAUAGAGAAGGGACGGGGCGGGAAUCACGGAUUCGAGGCGCAGUGAGAGAGUUGUGGGAAAGGGACGAACCCCGAUGGACGGGGGGUCGGGGAGAGGUGACGAGAACGGCGCGCCCAGCGUCGGGACGGUGUCUCCGGAGUGGAGGCUGAGGGAACUGGAGCGGCUGAUGGCUCGGGGCGCGGCCACGGAUGCCCAGGCCGACCCGAGGGUAAGCCAGGAGACGCUGCUCGACCUCCUCCUUUGCCUGUUCUACGAGUUCAGCAGCGCCCGGCUCUGCAGAGACCAGCCCAUCAGCAACUUCCUACAGCGGGUCACUCCGCUCGUCACCAAGGUGAAGGAACUCCAGCUCCAUCGUGACGACUUUGAGAUCCUGAAGGUCAUCGGCCGGGGAGCCUUUGGAGAGGUGGUUGUCGUCAAAAUGAGGGAGACGGAGAAGGUGUUUGCGAUGAAGAUCCUCCAUAAAUGGGAGAUGCUGAAGAGAGCGGACGCAGCCUGCUUCCGAGAGGAGAGAGACAUCCUGGUGAGAGGGCGCGGCCGCUGGAUCACUCGGCUCCACUACGCCUUCCAAGACGAGCUCUACUUGUACCUGGUAAUGGACUACUACGCCGGAGGAGACCUGCUGACUCUCCUCAGCAAGUUCGAGGACCGCCUGCCCGAAGAUCUGGCUCGAUUCUACGUCGCGGAGAUGGUGCUGGCAAUCGACGCCAUCCAUCACCUCAACUACGUCCACAGAGACAUCAAGCCGGACAACGUUUUGAUCGACGUCAGCGGACACAUCCGUGUCGCCGAUUUUGGAUCCUGCCUCCAGCUGGGCCAGGACGGGACGGUGGAGACCUCGGUGGCGGUGGGGACCCCGGAUUACAUCUCCCCGGAGAUCCUCCAGGCCAUGGAAGAUGGGAAGGGGAAGUACGGUGCCGAGUGCGACUGGUGGUCGCUGGGCGUCUGCGUCUAUGAGCUGCUCUUUGGAGAGACGCCCUUCUACGCGGAGUCACUGGUGGAGACCUAUGGGAAGAUCAUGAACCACAAGGGCAAGCUGACGUUCCCGGAGGACGCGGACAGCGUCUCGGAGGGGGCCCGUGACCUGAUUGGUCAGUUGGUCUGCAGCAAGGAGAAGCGGCUGGGGCGGGCGGGGAUCGCCGACCUCCAGCGGCACGCCUUCUUCGCCAGCGUCGACUGGCAGAACAUCGCCGACCAGACCCCGCCCUACAUCCCAGAGGUGGCCAGUCCCACCGACACCUCCAACUUCGACCUGAACGACAACGUCUUGAAGACCUGGGACUCGGCCCCUCCCCGCAGUCGUGGUGCCUUCUCCGGGCUCCACCUCCCCUUUGUCGGCUUCACCUACACCUCCAGCAGCUCGCUGUCUGACCGAGGGGCGGGGGCGCCCGAAGACGGACAGGGGACGCCGCGGGACGACGAGCUCGGCUUUGGGCUUCCAGAGGGAGGCACCGAAGGGGGGAUGAGGAGGGAGGUGGCAGCCCCCACCCCGGGGAUCCAGUCUCUGCAGGAGCAGCUCCGGACCCUCGGCCAGCAGAGGGACAAGGCGCUGGAGGAGGCGGACGGGCUGCGAGAGGAGCUGAGCUCGCGGAGCGGGGAGCUGCGGGAGGCCCGGGCCCGGCUGGAGCGGGAGGCCCGGGAGUCGGCCGAACGCAGCUCCCAGCUCCGAGCCCGGCAGCGGGCGGCCGACCGGGAGCUCCGGCAGCGGGAGGCCGAGCUGGAGGCGGCGAGGGAGGAGGCGAGGAGGCUGCAGCGGGAGCUGCACAGGAGCCCCCGGGCCAAGGAGGAGGUGCGGCCCAGCCAGUCCCUGGGCGCGACGAUGGGAGAGGGGGAGAGGUUGGGGACAAGCGAAGUCGAGCUGACGGCCCUGCGCGGGCGGCUGGAGGAGUCCGAGGGCCAGUGUCGGCGGCUGGAGGCCGAGCUGUCGGCGUGUGGGGAGCGGCUGGAGUCAGCGAAGCGAGAGCGGGAGCUGGAGCUGGAGCAGAGGGAAGCCCUCAGCGAGGAAACGGAGGUGCUGAGGGAGGAGAGCAGGGAGCUGCGGGCCGAGCUGGAGUGGCUCAGGGAUCAGCUGGAGAAGGUCGGAGCCACCAACAAACGGCUGGAGGAGGAGCUGGGCGCCGCCGAGGCUCGGAGGGAGUCGGCAUCGCAGUGGGACAGCCAGAUCGCCGAGCUUAUACAGUGGGUGGGCGAGGAGAAGGAGGCGCGAGGCUACCUCCACGCGCUGGCCAACAGGAUGAGCGAGGAGGUGCAGAGUCUGAGGAGGAGCAGCCUCGCCAAGCCUGUGGACAGGAACUGGAAGAGCCGGCGUCUCCAGAAGGUGGAAGCCUCGGCCAGACUGGAGCUGCAGUCGGCGCUGGAGUCCGAGAUCCGAGCCAAGCAGCAGCUGCAGGAGCGGCUGGACGAGGCCAAGGCUUCGGGCCUGCAGGCUGAAUGUAAGCUGCAGGACGCUGAGAAGGAGAUCGAGAGCCUGAAGCAGGAGGUGGAGAGACUGAAGAAGGAAUCCGAGGUCCGGUCCCAGCAAGGUCUGCAACAGGAGCAUCUUCUGGCCUUCCUCCCUCGCCUCCCGGACGAGCUUCCGGAAUCUUCCGCAAGUUCCCCGGAAAGCGAGAAGUCCCCGGGAGGGAAGUUCUUCCCGACGCGGAGUCCGGGCGCUCCCGGUGCUGAGGUGGCUGAGCCCAGAGCCAAACCCACAUCUCCGACCGCAUCAGUGAAGAAACCCCCAACACCGACACCUCGAAGCCUACCAGCCACCAAGCCCACGCCUCACCAGUUCAAGAUACAAUCCUUCAGUGUCCCAACAAAGUGCAUGAGGUGCACUUCGGUCAUGGUGGGACUGGCUCGGCAAGGGGUCAACUGUGAAGUUUGCCAUUUCAGCUGCCACUCGGGCUGCUCGGCGGGGGCACUGGGAUGCCCGGCGCCCCUCCAGCAGGUCCGGUCCCUGGGGAUCGAGCCGAGCAGAGGCACCGGGACCGCACUGGAGGGCAACGUGUCGGUGCCGAAGCCGGCGGGGGUGCGUCGCGGGUGGCAGCGGGCGCACGCCGUCCUCUCCGACUGCCGGCUGCUGGUCUUCGAGGCGGCGGAGCCGAAGGGGACCGGAGCGGCGCACGUCUUCGACCUACGGGACGAGGGUUUCUCCGUCGCCUCUGUCUUAUCCUCCGAUGUCAUCCACGCCAACAAGAAGGACGUCCCUUGCAUCUUCCGGGUCACAGCCUCGCAGCUGAGGUUGCCAAGCACCAAGACCUCCCUGCUGGUGCUGGCGGACAGCGAGAGUGAGAGGCGCAAGUGGGUGACGGUGAUCAACGAGUUGGUCUCCAUCUGUAAGCAGAACGGACUCCGGGAGAGCCUGGCGUUGGAGGCCACGGAGGCGUAUGACAGUACCCUGCCCCUGAUCCAGAGUGUGCAGUCUGGAGCCAUUCUGGACCAGAAACGAAUUGCUCUGGGAACUGAGGACGGCCUCUUCCUGCUGCAUCUGAUGAAAAACGGUAAGCUCUAUCUCGCCGGGGGGCGCCGGUGCCGGACAGCUGGGGGUCAGGGUUGAGGGCGAAUACGGCCG